AGUUCUGUAUACUGGCUAAGCAUUUCCCCUUUAAUAGCAUUCUGACUUUGUCAGGAUUUGAUGUCCUCGUUCUGCUAGGAAUGUAUCCACACUAAGGUUGGUCAGCAACAACCCAUGAAGCAAUACUAAAGGGCACACCUCUAUUGGGAAAACCAUGUGGAGGCCACGUCCCCUUUGCAUGUGGCCCCAUUGCUAUUAAUAAAAACUUACUCUCUUUCUCUCUCUUUGCAGGCAAAAAUGUCAAGGCCAGUGCAAGCUCGGAGGCUGGAGGGAAUAGAUAAGAAUGUCUGGGUGGAGUUUGUAAAACUGGCUGCCACCUACUCCACAGUGAACCUGGGCCAGGGCUUCCCUGACUUCCCCCCACCAGACUUUCUGAAGGAGGCAUUCGUGAGAGCUCUGACCGGGGAGAACCACAUGCUGCACCAGUACACUCGUGCCUUUGGCCACCCACCUCUGGUGAAGAUCCUAGCCCAGUAUUUUGGGAAGCUGCUUGGACAAGACCUGGAUCCUAUGACCAAUGUGAUGGUGACUGUGGGGGCGUACCAGGCCCUUUUCUGCUGCUUCCAGGCUUUUGUUGAUGAAGGCGAUGAGGUGAUAAUCAUUGAGCCUUUUUUCGACUGCUAUGAGCCAAUGGUGAAAAUGGCUGGUGGAAUGCCCGUCUUUGUCCCACUGAGACCGAAAGCUCCAAAAGAUGGAAAAUUGAUGUCUAGUGCAGACUGGCAGCUGGACCCAGCUGAACUGGCUUCCAAAUUCAGUGAACGGACAAAAGCCAUCGUCCUGAAUUCACCCAACAACCCUCUGGGCAAGUGGCUUUUCCCUGUUAGACCAUUGCAGCCAGCUCCUGCCCAGCCUGGCUUGGGAGAUGGUGCAGGCAGGGUGUUCAGCCGAGGGGAGCUGGAGCUCAUUGCAGAUCUGUGUGUGAAGCACGACGUCCUGUGCAUCAGCGAUGAAGUGUACGAGUGGCUGGUCUACGAUGGGAAGGAGCACAUCCGCAUUGCCAGCUUGCAAGGGAUGUGGGACCGCACAGUAAUCAUCGGGAGUGCUGGGAAAACCUUCAGUGCCACUGGAUGGAAGGUGGGCUGGACCAUGGGACCCAACCGGCUGCUGCAGCACCUCCGUACUGUGCACCAAAACUCAGUGUACCACUGCGCCACAGUUGCCCAGGAGGCCGUGGCUCAGGGUUUCCAGAGGGAACUCGAGCUUUAUGGGAAACCAGAAAGCUACUUCAUCCAACUGCCCAAGGAGCUGCAGCAGAAGAGAGACUGGCUGGUCCAGAGCCUGGACGCUGUGGGGAUGAAACCCAUCGUUCCCGAGGGCACCUAUUUCUUGGUUGCAGACAUCUCCGAGUUCAAAUCUGAUGUCCCUGAUGUCGCUGACUCAGAUGAGCCCUAUGACUCCAGAUUUGCAAAGUGGAUGGUCAAGAACAAGGGACUUGCUGCCAUCCCACUCUCUGCUUUCUACUGUGGGGCCCACAAGAACAACUAUAACCAUUUCAUCCGGUUCUGCUUCGCAAAGGAGGAAGCCACACUGAAGGCAGCAAACGACAUACUGCAAAAAUGGAAAUUGGAGAAAACUAGUCCCUGAGCACGCUGGAGAGAAAACGCGGCUCUCUUUGGUCCUCACCUGCCACGACCGGUCUUCCUCCUCUUCCUUUGCUUGGCUACAAACUUUGAUCUUUCCUGAUUUUUAUGCUUUCAACCACAUUUUCCGUCAGACAUGUGCAAGAGGUUUGCCAUGCCCAGGGUCUGGGGACACUUUCUGUCACUGUGAAAUGAUUGCACUGCUCCUUGCAAGAGCGAGUCUUCAUGUGUGCUGCCAGUAUUCAACAUUUCUUCCUCUUACUUUUAAAGACUUUGAUGAUCAGUUCUGGGAUGCAUCCAGCAAGAGACAAGAUAAGGAUGGCUCCUGGGGUCUUUUCCACCACCAAAUUCUGAAAAGGCAUUUCAGGACCUACCUUUAAGGCUAUGCUGGGGUGUUAUCGUGGGUUGUCUUGCACCACAUCUCCACUUGUACUCCAGGGUGCAGACAGCAUUUCCACCAGUGCUCAUGUUCCCACGGGGCUGUGCAGUAUCAGCACCCAUCAGUAGGUUGAUUCCUAUGAUCCUGAAAAUUACAAAUCCAGUGAAAUGCUGUUUCCCAUAUGUGGGACACUGAAUAGCCAGCUAACUGUCUCAAAGCUUGCUCCUUUGUUUGGCAAUGUGUGAAGAUCAGCAUUGCCACAGGCAAGGUGGCUUGCAGGCUGGCUGAGGCAGUG